AUGGAGGGGGCCAAAGACCGUCUGAAGCAACUCGCGUCGCACUUCACCUCAGCGAACCCUGUCCCCGGACCUCCACCUAUCCAUCCUGGCGACAGCCACGAAUACCAUCACCGACACAACUUUCACACCCUCAGCCCCACAUGGUUUCUCUGGCGCGCGGCGCAAAUCGAGCCCGACGCGACGGCAAUAUACCACAAGACAGCAAACAACAAGAUCCUACGGCGCUCCUACGCUGAAGCUGCGGAUCGCGCACGAGGGCUGGCAUACUAUCUGAGGAAACACGGAUAUAAGAGAGUCGGUAUACUGUCGACAAAUACUCCAGCCUUUUUGGAGAGCACAUUCGGCAUCGCAGCGGCAGGAGGUGUCAAUGUCGCGAUCAAUUAUCGAUUGAAGCACGAUGACAUCAGCUACAUUUUCCAGCACUCGGAUGUUGAUAUGAUUAUUGCGGAUGCCGAGUUUGUGGGAUUAUUGGACGAGUACAAGAAAGAGAGACCAAGCAUACCGAUAUUGGUCGAUACUGAUACGGACGCGACCGAAGGCGAGCUCUCAGGCCCUUUCGACGAUGCAGUACUCGAAGGACUGAAGUACGAUAUCGAACAGGGCGGCAAAGGCUGGGCUGGUCUAGAGGCGCAGGCAAAGGACGAGGAGGAUGUCAUGGCACUUGCAUACACUAGUGGGACAACGGCACGACCAAAGGGAGUCGAAUAUACACAUCGCGGCGUCUACCUCGCUGCAAUGGGCAAUGUUAUUGAAUCCGGACUAAACUAUCACACAGGCCGUGCAAAGUAUCUUUGGACUCUUCCCAUGUUCCAUGCCACCGGUUGGACCUUCCCAUGGUCUGUAACUGCCGUGCGAGGAACACACUACUGCCUCCGCAAGAUUGAUUACCCAGAGAUCUGGCGCCUACUCAAGGAAGAAGGUAUCACGCAUUUCAACGCUGCGCCUACUGUCAACACCCUCCUUUGCGCGGCAAAAGAAGCAGAACGUUUACCUCAAUCAGUGAGAGUGACUGUAGCGGCAAGCCCACCAAGCGCCUGGCUUUUUGAACAGAUGUCAAAUCUGAACUUGAAUCCUGUACACGUCUAUGGCCUUACGGAAACCUACGGUCCAAUCACAAAAGGUUACCAUAUGCCUGAAUGGGAUAUACUUCCGGAGAAAGUCAAAUACGAUCGUAUGGCACGACAGGGUCAUGGUUUCAUCGUCGGCAAAGCGACGCGGGUCAUCAAGACAGAGCAGCCAGAGGGCGUUCUCAUCGACGUAGCAAGAAACGGUAAAGAGAUAGGCGAAGUCAUCUUCGAGGGCAACAUCUGCGCGAAAGGAUAUUACAAGGAUGCCGAGGCGACGCGUAAGUUGUGGGAAGGUGGCUGGUUGCAUACGGGCGAUUUGGCGGUUUGGCAUCCAGAUGGCGCAAUCCAAAUUCUGGAUCGGGCGAAGGACAUCAUUAUUAGUGGUGGUGAAAACAUAUCGAGUGUAGCUCUUGAAGCUAUGCUUUCUACUCACCCCUCCAUUCUCGAAGUCGGCGUGUGCGCCGUUCCUGAUUCGCACUGGGGCGAACGACCCAAGGCUUUCGUUACCACGAAGGACGGAACGAACAGCGAAACCUUGGGUCAAGAAGUGAUCCAAUGGGCUAAGGAGAAUAGUAAUAUCAGUCGAUUUAUGGUACCCAGAGAGGUUGUGGUUGUGAAAGAGCUGCCUAAGACGAGUACGGGUAAAAUUCAGAAGAACGUUCUUAGGGAGUGGGCGAAGAAGGGCAGUGUCGAGUAG